ACGAAGCGCAUCAUCAGUUUACGUUUUCCGUAAUUUCACAUCACAUACAGCACAUAUACAUUAAAUAUUCAAAAAGUUUCGAUUGGUGGCACGCGGGGGCACACGUAGUCAGUCAGUGAACAUGUAAUGUGCGUUUCAACGGGGCGGACGCAGAAGGGCUGGUACCCUAGCGAGGUCGUGUGUGUGUCUUGAGGAGUGCGGCAGUUUGCUAAAUUCAGGAUUUACAGACACGGCGCGGCAAAUUGGCAGUUCAAAUUUCGGCGUCGAUAUUUUUUUGUGUAGAUAAUCAAUUAGCCUGUAUUGCGGCUCGGUGCUGCGAGCAAGAAGCAAGCAUUGGAAGAAAAUCCACGGCCAGCGGGGGAAAGGGAGAUGAUGAUGAUGAUGGGUGGCAGACGCCCCUGUCCGUAAGAAGUGAGUUUAAUCGAUGAACGCACAUUGGCUCAAAUUAAAUUCGCUUGUUUCGUACCCGUGGCUGGCUGGCUGGGGUGGAAAUUUCGGAUCAAAAAUUUUCGUUGCGCAAAUAGUGACCAGCAGAUAGGUGGCCUGGUCUGCCAAAAACCAGCGUGUGCUCCGCUGUCUGUGUAUUUGGAAGCAAAUGUGCUGGUUUUCCGGUAAAUUUUGGUUUGGAAUUCGUCGAUUAAUUAGCGGAUUUGCCUCACCAUUGGAACCAAUGGUGUACGAAAGCGGCACCGGGAAUCGUUUCCAAAUGUUGUGAAAUGUGGGUGAAUAUUAAGUGGAAGCGGCCGAUUUUGUCAAAGAAAAAAAAAACUUGUGAAUUGAUGCGUGUGAAAAACAAUUUUAUCAGAAAUCAUGAAAAGCAAUGUGUUUAAUCAUCAAAUUGUUCAGUGAAUUGAUAGUAGAAUUUUAAACAAGAUUAAAUGAGCCAGUGUUAUAACAGAAUAAAAGUAAUACCACGUUUGCAGUCAUCUGUUGGAGUGAAAUAUGCAGGCACUCAACAUUUGCUAGACCGUAGGAAGCAAAGAAUACGGUCCUAAUGAAGUCUACACAUUACCAGCGAAAAAGAUGGAAGUUUACUGGUAGAUAUUAAAAAACUCUAAAGCACGCUGAGCUUAAUCUCGGCAGCAUAUUAUGUCGACCCGUGUGUUCACGUGUGUAUCUGCCAUCGUUGGCAGGCCUUCGCAGAGAACGACGUCGAGGUGUUGAAGCAACAAAAAAAAAUUUCACCCCCACCUGGUUCGGAGGUCCCUUUGUAGCCGAGCACGUACUACAACUAUAUCCACCAUCCAGUUGAGAGGAGGUGAGUGCAUGCUAUGUGGGCCAGGGAAGCCGAACUGCAGGCGAUUUGCAGAGCAGGACACUUGAAAGUUUAUCUCGGUUGCGGCUCAUCCACUGGACACGAACCAUACCGGGCGCUGUGUGGAGGUGAUGUGCAGGGCAAUUUCAGUGAAAAGUGUGCAACGGAUUGCUGAUUGAAACUCACGGCACAAGCUAGCUACCAUCACACAUACAGAUGUAAAAAUUAGGGCGAUAAAUCGUUGAGAUUUUCAUCAUAAAUAACGGCGUCUCUUUGCGCUGCAUUUGAGGAGAAUCUGUUGCUAAAGGCCCACAUGUUUAAGUGACAUAGGGACGUAGAAUUUGCCCAGGAACCUGGCUCUAAAAAAAGGAUAGAAAAAAGCAGUGGUUCCUGCUAGAAACAUCAAAAGUAUGGCUUCGUUUAGUUACUGAUGUUCAUGCUGUGAUUAAAUCAAAAGGAGAAAACUCUGUGCUCAAUGAAAAACCAAAAGAACGGGAUUACACUAGAAUAAAAUCCAAAAACACCCUACCAAAAUUAAGUGAAGUAGCUGAAAUUUGGGAACAAACAAAAAGUUAAUCUGUGCUUCAAGUAUUUAAAUGUGAAUUGUGUAUAGUGAUUAAUAUUAGAACAUAUUUAGAGCAAACCAAAAUAGUUGCACAUUAUCUUAGUAGUGAUUUGAAAAAUAACCAAGGUCCAAAUAGAGAAAAAAGAAGCUCACACGAAUACUAUUUAUCUUUAGUAAUGCAGACGUGAUUAUGGAUAAAGCACAACAUUUCAAUGAGUGAUACAUCAUUGGAGCGGAGCACCCAUCAUACAUAGGAUAUUAUAGCAGAGAAUGUUUCCAUAGCAAUGGGAAAAGCCGCGCGACGGUCAGUUGCGUCAGAUCCGUCGUCGCCGACAUUGUCCUUUUUGCACUCGUCAACCACGUCAACGGACGCAUCCUCAUUCUCUCGAGCAUCUGCGUUUGCUAGCACAUCGCACCACAACAUUGGCAGCAGCAGCUUCUCUUCAUUCCCAUCAUCCAAUCAACAACCACCUAAAAUCGCAACACUUCACCCGAAAUUGCCAUCAUUGUUGGCAAAUUCCGAAGCCUUUAGUCAACUGGACGCAACAGGGGCUCUUUCAACAUCAACUAGUUCACCGCAGCUUACUACACCGGUGUUCAGCAGCAACUACAACGCUAGUAGUAAUAGUAGUACUACAGAUUCAACUGCUGCUGUUACUACUGCUACUCCUACCACUACUACUACAACUUCUAUCCCUACCACUAACGCUACCGGUACUAGCAGCAGUGACGGCGGUAAAAGUCCCGGCACAGCUAGUGUGCCCGGAAAGAUAACUGAUAGCGUCACCAGUAAUAGUACGCAACGAAGUUCCUCGCUCUCACCACCUUCGUCUCAUCUCUGUAGCAAUCAAACGCAAGCGGACUGGUCCCGGGAACGACAACGGAUGGAAUUCUACGCGACAUACGACGUGAUGACUGGCGUCCGGAUAGCGGCUACCCUAGGUGGCUUCUUCGGCCUGAUGGUGUUCCUUGUGAUCUACAAAAGUCGAAGUCGGUCGACGGCGAAAGCACUGAAGGACCCAACGAUAGCUGCCGUCGCGGCUGCCGUCAUACAGGAGGAAGAAGAACGCGAACUGCAGGAAGCCAUCGAGGCGACCGCGUUUUCUCUGCUGCAGGAGGAGCUGCACGUGAACUAUCCAGGUUUGAAGCGGGACCGGCUGAUGUCGUUGGGUAACGUCAGUGCGCCACCGAUGCUGAACCGGAAUUACCGGUUUUCUUCGGUCGGUGGCGGGUACAGUAGUCUGCUGAAUCCUCAGCGGCGGUAUUCUUAUGCCAGCAGCCGAAGCCAUCGAAACAGUGUGUCCGUAUCGUCGCGGAUUCUUAGUGCCUACAACAUGGGCGACAGCUUCGGCCAGGAUGAUUAUUUUUUAGAGAGCGACGGUGAGGAAGCUGAUGACGAGUUUGAUCAGUAUACUACGACGGCAGAUGUAGGCUAUUCAACGAGCAAUUAUCUAAUGGUUCCUGGAAGAGGGACUGAGUCACGGCGAAGCAGUGCGAUGACAUGCUGCAGCACAGAGAGUUCAUUUUUGGAGCGACGAUGUUCGGCCAUUACGUUAGGGUUAUCUUCGUUGCCACCGAUGUCGCGAUCGCAGUCGCGGCGGCAAAGUCGAGACGAUCGUCGGCAAACAGCUGGCAAUGGGGCUACGCUUGGGGCUACAUGUGCCGACUGGGAUGCGUUCUAUCCUGGGAUUAACAUAAUCGAAGCUACCCCGAAAUCUUCGCCUUGUCCAAGCGAACGAAUAGCGCACACGUCUACGGGUUUAUCGGCGCGGGAACAGUUCAUCAGUAGGAAGCGGUCAUCCUAUGACGAAAGUUCGAUCGAUUGUAUAUCUGCGUAUCCUGAUACAAAUGGUGCUGAUAUUAACUAUAACCACACACUACUAAGGCAGAAUUACGGUAGUAACACUAGAAUAGAUGACAUUAGUAUAGCGAACCGUGAUCCUAGCGGCAGUGUUGUGCGUAGGGCUCCUCUAGCCUCGCUUAGUUCCUUCAAGAUGUCUUCGGCUGAAUGUCAGGACAGUGACCUGCACAGUUGUGGAUCGGACUCCGUGUUCGAUGACAGCUGCGCAGAUACCGACGAAGAUCUGCAGCAGUUUAGUACUGACAGCGACGAGCUCAGUAUUGUAGACGAGGGUGAAUAUUCCGCUACUCCGGUGGCAAUAACAAUUCCCGGUACUAGUACUUCGGCGACCGGUUCCGCCGAGACGGCUAGAGCUGGUGUUACCUAUGGUGGCGCUAGUAGUAGCAGUAGCAGCAGUAACCAAUUGCAACCGCCCCAGUACGAGGUUGCCCGUGGUACCGCCAGUGAUACUAUCUAUGUUGAUAUCGAAAAACCUAAUGAUACUAGUUGUUUAAGUAGUCUUUCAAAUAGUAAUCGUCGUGCUAAAUCAAAGCUGAAAUCUGAUAAGGUGAACCUAGGGACUAGAAUCGAAACAAAAGCAAUCAUCGAAAGACAGCAACAAAAUGACAGCCGGGAUCAUUCACCAUCUCCUCGGUCCCCGUCGCUGGCGGUGCCACAGCUACACGCGGCGGUCUCACCGAUCACCGGUGUGCGUAGCCUGCCCAGUAAUCCUCCACCUAGCAGUCAUUCAAUUAGCCAUUACACUAAGGAUAACAGUCUCGGUAGCACGAACAGAAAUAAUAAUAACGAUAACGACGAUAAUAGCAAUCCAGUCGAAGAUGAAAGUAAUAAUAAGUGCGUUGAAGUUAAUGUUAUUAUUAAAAACCAUAGCAGUAAUAUCAAAAACCCUUCUGUGAUUCUCGAACUACCUAUACUAACGAUAGACGAAGAUAACUCCCAGCCACCGCUGUCGCCAGUGGAUCCUAGCAUACCCGGUCCCUCCCGCAAGUGGUCUAAGGAGACACUGUUCUAGUCUUAUCAGUUUCGGCUUCGGCUGUUACCCUUGCUUUCGAUACCCAAUUUUGCUGCAAUAGCGAGAAUUUUAUCCUUUCAAUGAGAUUGCAUCGUACACAAUUCAAACAUCUAUCAAUCCGUCCAAAGACAGGUUAUUAUCAAUAAUAUCGGAAUUAUCUGUGCUUUGAACAGAGAAAAAUCGAUUUGUCCUAUUCGUAACCAAUGUUAAUUUCGUCCUUAUAAUAUUAACAUCACAAAUCAAAAGAAAAAAUGGUGUGUAGAAAACAACAAAUUUGCUGUUGCAAUUCAUUAACUUUAUACUCAUCCAAAUACCAUGCUGGGAGAAACUUCAACACUAACGUGGCAUCGAACCUUUUCUGUUGUCUCCUUCUAACUCAGAUGCUUAUCUACGGCAUUACAGUGUAAACUCAAACAACUCCAAACAUAACAAAUGCAACACAUAAAAGGGGAAACUUUAAGUCAAACAAAACUUGCACAAUGUGUUCCUGUUUACGAAAAAAAAAGAAAACAUUAACACACCCAACGGAAAACCUAAAACGCUCUUUUGGAUGUGCUCACCGAAAAUGUUGAAAAAUACAUAUGUAUGUAACGCUAGAUGCUACAUGUUACAAACAAUCGUUGAAAUCAAACAUAGGACCUUAGGUAACGAGGAUCAAAUCAUAGUGAAAAUCAAUUAUUUAGUAUGUUCUGUUUGAAAUUAGAACGAAACGAAAAAUCAAGACGAGAUCGAGGAAAGAGGAUAUGCAAUUGCAAACAUGUGCCUAAGAAUCAUGUAUAUUUAGGAAUGAGAGAAAAUUAAUGAUCAUAUUGCAUCUUGCUAGAGCGAUAAGCCUUUAAUAUUAUUGUACGGACAGUCAGAGAUAACAGUUUCCAAAUACUAACGCUAGAAGCACGCAAGGGAAAACAAUAACAGGUGAAGCUACAGAACACAAUCAUUCCGGUGUUAUCUAACAAAGUUUGCGAAGAAGAAAGUCCAACAGUGCACAGCACAAGUCACGUUAGAUUGUUGCCCUCUGAAUCAACUGUUGAAACAUUUCCCCCUCCAUCGCCGUCAUUAUCUCAUGUACAUUCACACCCCAUUAACCUCAUUUCGCAUCACCUUUUCAUUCUACAUACCACACACCGUAACAGUAAUGAUACACUGACAACCCAGCCAACAAGUACUAUAUCGUAUGUGCCAAUAAUCUUCCGUUUUCGGCUGUGUCGCUUUUACCUUUUCCUCCUCCUCGCUCAUGUAAGAAAAAAGCAGUGCCAUUUAAUCUCCUCAUUCAAACCCAACUUCACGAACUGUAGGCCACCGUCGUAUCGUGUCAGAACCACAACAUGCCUCCGGUGCAGAGUAGACAGCACCAUGAAAUGGUAAUGUAGGUACCCACAAUGUCCUCCCCUCUGCAAUUUUCUGCCAUUUUGUUCCUAUUUAGCAUUCCGUUUUGUUCUAUUAAUGUCUGGAGGUUGCCUGUCAAUCAACGAACAGCGGCGUGCGGGGCGGUGAAGUACACAUUCACGUGCAUACUCAGGUUUCCGGGUUUGAAAAUGUGACAAAACGUGCACACGCUAAGCACAAGCCACUUGCACAAUGCACGCUUCUCGCUUAAGUGUCGAGAGGUGGUUUGUAUGCUGUUGCCAUCGUCCGCCGUUUGGAAUUGCUUGCUUGAAUCAAAUUAUGUAUUGACUUUUUCCAUUGAAUGAAAAUAUUCAAAAAAGAACGUAUGGAAAACAUGGUUUCAAAUGAAUUUAAAAUCAAAAUCUCUCAUACCGUUUACAAUAUUUAGAAAUUCCUCUGAACAAGUUUUAUCGUAUCUGAUUAACGGUAAUUGAACAGUUCGCGUUCAUUAACCUAUAACUGAGUUAUAACGGCACUCCGUCUUGUCUUCCUUCACCACCCGUUGCUUAACUACCCAACAUGGCACCCAAAACAGAAGAAUAUAAAAAUCGGUUAGAAGCAAUUGACAAGUAGGUAUAAAUACUACACCGAACCGCAGUAUCUUCGACCAAUAUCACACCGCCUAUCGCACCAGAAAAUUCCCGCUAACCGCCGCACCGGUUCGUCGCUAGCGCGGGGUAGGGAAAAGGGGAAAAAUGGGACAGGAGCAGCAACAGGAAAGAAAAACAUCUGAAAGCUUGACGCUGUUUGCAUAUUCAUGAGGCUCCCAGUGCGAGCGACUUUUGCCAGCACAAUGGGCCAACUCCCACCCUCUAUUCUAGUCGCAAAAAGCGGUGCACGCGAGAGAGAGAGAAAGAGAAAGAGGAGGAAGAGUAAAGCAGCGUGCCCCAUUUCGAGACUGUUGCUUCUGGCUUUCAAGUAUCCUUCCUAUGUUUGCUAUGCUUCCGUCAGCUAUACCGUUAUCGCGGUAGGAGAGCAUUUCCGUAACUGGUAAUUGAAAAUUAAAAUGUUCUCGCUUGAAAAACAAUUGUUAUCCGACGGCUGUUCCUCCACCGGUGUCAUCGCGUGUUUUCGGUGUAAUUUUUAUAAUCUCCUCUCCUAGCUGUCCGCUUAUUCAAUAAACUGAUGUGAAUUAUUUUCCCAGUUUGCUAUUUAUUUAGGCCAUGGGUGACAUAUAAGGGAUAUAAAAAACACUUCUAGGAAAAAAACGAGCGAAAAAUAUGCUUCGUAAACUUAAAUGGAUGUUGUUUUGCCAUCUCCCCGAGUUGCACGUUUCCGACCAGACUAAAGAUCGCUUCGUCGUUCAAAAUUUGAUCAAAACAAACAACGACCAAAGCAUAACCAGCAAUAUUUUAUCGUCUAUGUAGUUGGUGUAAACAUUUUUUCUUACUUCAGUAGAGUGGCCCGCUGUGAAUACAACCUUAUUACCACUAAACGAAAUUCGAACACCAAUAUCUUGAUCGCUGGUUUAAAUGUUGGCCUACUGUUUCAAUAGCAAACUAGCAAAAAGUUGAGUUAAAAUUCAACCGCAUUGACCACAAAUAAACAAGUAUCGAGCUAGUUUUGUAGCUGAGAACAGAUGUCAUCAUAUUGUAUCGCACGUGCCGAAUAAAGUUUUCGAACGCAAACCGUUUGGAUAUUAUAGCUAGUGUAAUAAAAAAAUACGAUCAUUGUAUAUCGUUUGGUUCAUUGAAAAGUUUUUUUUCCGAAUAUGUAAAGGCCCAAUACACAUACGGCGCAAUGACACCUUCUCUAUACAAAAUAGAAGGCGUGAUCGCUAUCCCGUCUUCCAUUUUGUAUGGAGAAGGCGUCACUACGCCGUGUGUGUAUUUGGGCCUUAAAACUCUUCAUUUUCGGAUUUCUCUCAUCAAAUCAGUAGGCCUUAGAAAAAAGUGACAGCCAAAAUUGGGCACUGGCUCACCUACCCCCAUGGUUUGUUAUUUUGUCGUUUAUGUUACUCAAACGAGUUUUUUUAUCACUUGUGAUUUUAAGAUAUACCGUCGUGCGGGGCUUUUUACAACACUGUUUUCCAAGUUUUACAUUUUAAUGUAAUUUCAUUUCAUUUUAUAGUAAAUGAAAUUAAAUCGUUUCCGCUUAUAUUUAACGCGGAUAUGUAUGCAACAUUCAUGAAUUAUUUGAAUUGAAUUCAUUGAGAAAUGGGAAAAUGUUUAUAUAGCGGUGUUUGUUGGUUUCGGUCCCGAGCUACUUUGACAGUUCAAGAAAUCGAUAGAAUUCUGUACAAACAUGCUUACUUACUUACUUUCCUGGUGAAACAUCCCUUAGGAUUUCACCUGCGUCACAAUGUUACGCCAAUGUCCUCGGUCCAUAGCAGCUUGUCUUCAAUUUCUUGAGAGUCCCACACUUCCAGAAUCUUGCUCCACUUGGUCUGACUACCUAGCUCGUUGUGCACCCUUUACGUCUUGUACCGGCCGGAUUCGAGACGAACACCAUUUUUGCGGGAUUGUAGUCCGGCAUUCUUACAACAUAUCCCGCCCAUUGUACCCUUCCAGCUUUCGCGAUUUUCUGGAUACUGGGUUCGCCGUAGAGUUGCGCCAGCUCCUUCGCCUCCAUACGCCAUCCUCACAUACUCCGCCGAAGACAGUCCUAAGCACACGUCGUUCGAAAACGGCCAGUGCUGGCAAGUCCUCCUCGAGCAUUGUCCAUGUCUCGUGCCCGUAGAGGACUACUGGUCUUACAAGCGUCUUAUACAUGAUGCACUUAGUACGGGGGCGAAGUUUACCACACCUUAACGUCUUGUGAAGUCCGUAGUAGGCACGACUUCCAGCUACAAUACGUCUGCGGAUUUCUCUACUGCAGUUGUUGUCUGACGUUACCAAAGAUCCGAGGUAUGCAAAUUCGUCAACCACCUCGAACUCAUCUCCGUCAAUUAUUACGCUACUGCCAAUGCGAGCCCUAUCGCGCUCGGUUCCUCUUGCUAGCAGAUACUUAGUCUUUGACGUAUUCACUUUCAAUCCAACCUUUGCUGCUUCACGUUUCAGUUUGGUGUACUGUUCAGUAACCGCCAGAAACGUCCUUCCGACAAGGUCCACGUCGUCAGCGAAGCAGAUAAACUGGCUGGAUUUUUUAAGAUCGUGCCCCGCAUGUUGAAGGCCGCACGUUUCAUCACACCUCCAAGCGCAAUGUUGAACAGGAGGCAGUAAAGACCGUCGCCUUGUCGAAGUUCCUUGCGUGUUUCAAGCGGGUUUGAUAACGCACCCGAAAUCUUCACACAGCACUGUACACCAUCCAUCGUGGCCUUGAUCAGUCUCUACACAGUCAAUAGUAUCGUAGACGGCCUUGAAAUCGAUGAAUGGGUGGUGCGUGGGGACUUGGUAUUCGCGACAUUUUUGGAGGAUCUGCCGCAGCGUGAAGAUUUGAUCCGUUGUUGAUCACCCACCCACAAAACCGGCUUGAUAUCUUCCUAAAAACCUCCCUGCUAGCGGCGAGAGACGACGAAAGACGAUCUGGGAGAGCACUUUGUAGGCUGUGUUUAGAAUCGUGAUCGCUCGAUAGUUCUCACAUUCCAACUUGUCGCCAUUCUUGUAUAUUGGGCAUAUUACUCCCUCCUUCGACUCCUCCGGUAGCUGUUCUGUAUCCCAGAUUCUGACUAUCAGCUGGUGCAGACAGUAAGCCAACCUAUCCAAGCCCAGUUUGAUGCCUGAUGCUGUGAUGCCAUCUUUUCCAGCUGAUUGGUUGUUCUUGAGCUGCUUGAUGGCAUAUGGCAAUUUCCGCUGCGCUGUUAAUGGCUGCUUUUUACUCCAGCAGUUCUCUAGAGCGGCUUCGAUGAGUUGACCCUCUUCCGGCAGUGCUGCCUCAAGGUUUUGCACGUAAUUAGUAACGACUGCGGGGAAUUUGAGUCGUUCCAGGUCACACCGUGGCGGGCGACGGUAGCGUAUGUUGUUGACAAUCAAAAGUCUUCGGCGCAUUUUGACCAUCAGAAGAUAGUGGUCAGAAUCGACGUUUGCGCCACGGUAGGUUCGGACGUCGAUGAUAUCCAAGAAAUGCCUUUUAUCAAUCAAAACGUGAUCGAUUUGUGAUUCGGUCUGUUGUGGUGAUCUCCAGGUGUACCAAUAUGGGAGGGUAUGCUAACGGAAGGUACUACAUAUGGCCAUGUUCUUGGAGGCGGGGGAGUCAAUUAGUCGAAGGCCGGUUUUCGUUCGUUAGCUGGUGAGCGCUGAACUUCCCAAUAACUGGUCUAAAUUCCUCCUCCUGGCCUACCUGAGCGUUAAGAUCUCCGAUGUCGAUUCUAACGUCAUGUUUUGGGCAGCUAUCGUAUGCACGCUCUAGCUGCGCGUUAAAGGCGUCCUUAACCGUCCAUUACCCAACCAGGCGCUUCUGCAUUCCACCCAUCACAAUAAAAGCUGUGCCCAGCUCGUGUGUGCUGCCGCAGCUCUGGUAGAUGGUAUACCCAUCUUUGUACGUGUGUACCAAUACUCCCUUCCAGCAUACCUCCUGCAGCGCUACAAUAUCGAACUUGCGGACCCUCAAUAAGGUGGAAAGAAUGCGGUUCUUUCCCAAAAAAUUAAGGGACUUUCAGUUCCAUGGUCCGAGUUCCCAAUCGUUAGUCCAUUUUCGUUGCCUGGGUCUAUGCCGAUUGUUCCGGUCCGAAUUUACAUUGUUUGCUUCCUGUACUGAUGAUUUUUACGGCUGGCUUGUAAAGCCUGCACCAACCCCCUGUCUCGCCGGAGGACCAUCGUGUCAGUACUGUUUAGAGUCCCACGUUGACACCAGAAAAUCGAUCAGCCGCCCCUAACAUGGAGAACAACGCUGUUUUGAGCCGCACCAUCUUGGUGAACAGACGCUCAGGUUGGCGAAGCAUUUCCUCUACCGCCGGAUUAUGAUUAGCGCCCCAAUGAUCGCGUCGUAUCGUCUCACCUAGCUAUUGCAUGAUUGACAACAUUGCCCAAGCUACGCCAACCAGUUGUGUCCAUGUUUCAGCUGGCAGUCUAUUGUGAUCAUGCGACUCGUGGAGGCGUGAGAUAGGAACUUGUGAGGACCGGAGCUAAGUCGAUCGCUCCUUCCAACUCACCAUUUGAAGUCCAUUUUUACAAACACGCAUUUUUACUAAAUUACUAAGCUAAAUUAAAUUUCUAUUCCUGAAUAAGGCCCUUGAAUUCCGGAUUUUUUUCGACUCGUAUAAUCGGUAGUGACGAUGGAAGGCCAAUAAAAAAGGAGAAAAAAAGUCCAAAGGAAUAAAAAAGAGCAUCGCCUAAACCGUAGAGACUCACUAUCGAUUAUGUAGAGGUUUAUUGUACCUAAUAGCAAUACAUGUCAAUGUGAUGCUACCUUUCUUGUUUGUUUGGCCCAGAUUUUGACAGUUCGUUUGGCUCACAACAUUCUCUCCGCUCAUAUCUCCCUCUGAGUUUUGCUAGUUCGUAUUAUACAAACACAAACAUAACCCUGCAAUAUGGCCGACAAAAAAUUGACUGCCUCCAAUAUUUUUGCCAAAAAUAACAAUCUUCUAAUCAAAUCUAGUAAAUCUGAUGGUCGAACACAAGACUUAUUUUUUGUUAAGUGCCAGCAAAAACAAUUAUUCAAGAACGAAAGUUUCAGCAGCUAUAAUUUACUUCCACACAUCCAUUAAAAUUUUGUCGUGUUCGAACGAGCACGAACGAGUGAUUUUUUUAUCAACGGGUAGACGAUAACAUCGAGAGCGUCGCAAAAAUUGUCCACUUUAAAAUGCCUAAAACUAAGUCAGUUUCCAACGGAUUUGCUUCAUUUUUAGGGCAAUCGUUUGGAAAAUUAACUAUGCGUCCACCAAAAUGCGGAAAAUUGUGAGUUUGUGUGCUAACUAUUGUACUAUUGAAAAAUGUAGAACCUUGUUGAAGGCAUGUUUCGACCAAUCAGAGCUGAAGCAAGGCAUUCUUCCCCAGCACAGUCGACGCAAAAUAUACAACCGCUUUGUUGUUGUUGUUUAAGUCCCUGUUGUUCGCAAAGUUACGUAUACCGAAAGUUUUACUCCGAAGUGAUUCGCGAUAAGGGCGCAACUAGCAAAAUGUAAACAAAUUGAUUUAUUACACCAUUGGCUUUAAAAAGACUGACAAAAUUCCCGUUUUUUUUUGUAAUAAUCGAUAAAAUUAUUCAACACAAACAGCUUAGUUUUUAGUGAAGGGGGAUAGAAUAGUUUACUUAAACCAAAAGAUACUUUUGAAUUAGGCCCUUUUCAUUGUUUAGAAGAAACGGACAACAGGAAAAAUGAAAACAAGCAGAUCUCAUGCAUAAAUGCCCCCGUCGAUUUCAAGCAUAGAUGUCUACGUCAAUUUUUGGUUUUGAAGGUAUUGUUAUUCACUUUCAUAUUAAUGUAAACAACCCCAAUGUUUACAUUCUGCUAGUUGCGCCCGAAUCGCAAAUCACUCCGGAACUCUCAGUAGUUACGUAUAAAGGCUAGCAUGCAGAAAUUUAGUCUUCAUUCCAUAACCGAUUUUUGCAGCAAGAGGACGGUUGACUUACUCGAAACUGGCUCACCUGCAACCGGCAAAGCAGCAGCUGAUUUUAGCGCAGAAAGGCUGAGCACAAUAAUCCAAAUUUCAAACAGGUUAGAAAAACAUCUUCUUAGGAUGUUUUAUAGUGAAAACUGAAUUGUCUGUGUAAAAUUAUUCAAGCAAUUUCAAUUUCACGGGUACACCACUAUAAACAAUAUACAUGCAAAACUUUUAUUUUUCUGAAUUUCGAUGCUACAUCAAUUUUCCGGCAACAAUAUUUACAAACUUUAGCUUAUAUUGACUCUUCCAAGCCAAACGACUAUUGCAAAUAUGUGAUAUUUUAUCUGUAGUCUAAUCCUUUCCAUGAUUAUUCUAAUUUAUGGAUCCGCAAUUUUCUAGCAGAACAAUCAAAAAUAACAAGAACUUCGGUUUUUUUUUUGUAUAGUUUUUUGCUAUUGAACGAUAGUUUAACUGUUCUCCAAACUUGUGACAUAAUCAUGGACAUAUUUUCCCAAUUGUACAAAACGAUUCCAACACCAACCAAUUGACUUUGCACUCGGGCCAAAUUAUUGACGAAAAUACCAGUGCGGUAGUGCAAAUAAUAGAAAAACACAUGGUCCAAAUUUUGUCAGUCUCGCCGCUGACCCGUACGGCAGUGUGUUAUUUUUAAACAGAAUGCCAAAUAAUUAUUAUUAUUUUAAUGUUAUAUGACUUAUAACCAAACCACUUCAUCAUAGUAUUUGCAGUCAAAGGUCACAAACUUCACUCCUUUUUUUGUUUUAAACUGGUAUUAUUUAGAAAAAUUUCCGUUAUAAACAUCUAAACACUGCGACACUGUGACGUGUUUUAAGUGCUUUAUAGAAAUCGAAACAUGUUUACUUGAACAGAGCUGUAAAGCGGGCCUCUCAAAUUCAAGGUUAAUUGUCACCAGGCUUGUCGUUCUUCCUCAGAGAGUCACUAGCGUGUAGGAGAAUGUCUUUCACUGUGGAAACAACUGCUCUCAGACUGACGAGCAAAUCAACGAACUUGCUUGAAGAAAGCAGUAAAUCGUGUCUAUCUGAGGAUCUUGCAAGAAGCACCAUGGUGGUUUCUGAAAUACCUCUCAUGAGAGACUGGGCUUCCUCACACGAAAAGACAUUAAGAAAGUAGAUUGCGUUUUGUUGUUUUGGUAGAAAAUUUAAAAAAAUGUUAACGCAAAAAGUCAUAUAUUAGGCCAAAUAUCUCGAGUGAGUCUAGGUAUCUUUUAAAUAUGAAAUCAAAAAAGCUUCACUCAUUCACUCCCCACUACUUCUUUCUUCGAGAAAACUCAAGUUGUCUCUACUGCAUUAUCUCAGUGCGUAGGGUAAUCACUCUUGUCUCGCUCAGCUAUAGUGUUAGCAGCAAGCGUGGUUUUUUUUGCAAGCGGAAGAAACACAGCACGAAGCAGAAGAAUGAAAUGUGGUGCAAAAAAUGCUACACGUAGCGCUCAUGCCGGAACAGAAAUGAAAGGUGACAUUUAACUCCGCUCUUUUCACAUUUUGAGUAAAUAACAAACCUGAUUAACACAUUUCAAGAAAAUCAGGUUUUGAUCAGGAUAUUGAUUCAAAUGAAUGAAAUAAGGCACAAGGGGUUUACCAUGAACAUAACCUUCUUAUUUAUUACUAUAAUUGAUCUUGAUUUCAAAUCAAAAUAAACCGUUGAAUUGUCGUUAAAAUUUAUUUGAUAAGAUAUUGGAGAUAAGUACUCUAGAUGAACAACGAAGAAAAUUAGCAACAACAAUCUGCAUACUUAGAAUUUACCGCCGAAUCUCAAUAAUUUAUUAUCGAGAACGGUACCACAGAGUGCUCGAUUAAAAAAUUAACAGCUGUCACACUUUUUCAUAAAUCUCACAUCAACCUAAAUGAAAUUUCGGCACAAAAUAUCUCAAAUCUCGGGAGUGUUACGGGUGUAGGUUUUACCGAGCUCGAACAUUAUAUUUAAGUCUGUGAAAUCACGGCAGCUAUAGACUGAUCCAGAAAGAAAGGGCACACCAUCAAGUCCGUAAAAAAUUGUUUUAUUUAUAUUAACUUUUCCUGGUUUCUCAACAGUUCAUGAAAGUUUUUGGAUCGAUUUUUCAUGUAUAAGCAAGUCCUCGAACUCUUCCUCUAACGUUCUUCAUAGACUGCAUAGACUGCAUAGACUGAUUAGCAACAAUUUAAGACGCUUUUGUCUAAUUUCGUUUGAAUUUUUCCACGGUAUGCGCUGGCUUAACACGUUGGCGAAGAUACCUCUUGACCAGAGCCCAAAACCGUUCAAUGAAACGAAUUUCAGGACAAUUUUGAAAAUUCACGUUUUUGGAAACAAUUAUCACGUUUUCCGAUUUGUAUCAGUCCAUAGCCAAUUCAUAUCCUAUCUAGCAUUGUCGAAAUCAGUGGUUCCCAUCUUUUUAGGCUUCUCGACCCCUUCUACUAAGUACAGAGGGCUUCCCUUAAAUUAAUUUCAAAUAUCAAAUUAAAAUAGCGGCCUGUGUUUGUUAGUCACACAUCGUCCUGCACUUUUAAUUUGUAGAAGAAUUAAAAAUCUACUCUCACAGAGGUAUAUAGAAAGAAAUCAUGAUCAAAUUUACCAAGGUGACAUUUCGCAUACUCAUAUUUGAUGUGGGAGAAGCUGUCAUUACGUUACGCCACGAAACUAUAAGAAUGAAUUAUUUUGAAAAAGGGCGGACACCUCUACAAUAUGCGUUGAAAAAACUAAUGUUGAUAAUUGCAUUAAUCGUUCUUUUUCAAGACAUUUAUUUAGAAAAUGUCAAUGGGUAUCUUUUAUCAACAAACUAAAACUGAACUGAAACUUAAAAAAAUGGAUAUUAUUGCUAAGAAAGAAGAGUUAGUCUGUACUUUGCUGCUGCUAACCAGAAAUAACAGAUUGAACUUACACACGCUGUGCGUCACACCGGGCUUACUUACUUUUUUAAGACUGGUCACUCAAAAGUCCCCAUUUUCGAGACAAUUUAACUAAAGUCAUUUUACGUUUUCGUUCAUUUAGUCACUUUUUCAACUAUUUUGAGCGUAAAAUCAAACCACAAUUUCAUUUUUUGUUCAGUGUAUUCAAAAAGCCAGCACAGAAGUGUUUAUAUCAUAAAAACAAUCUGUGCUGUGCUCCAUCUGUACCCUACAGCACUUUUUAAACUUUUGUGGCAUUGUUAGAAAGUUUUUGCUCUCCGCACUUUUUUCGUUUUCGCAGUCACUUAAAGAGAAGUAAGUUGAUAUGCGUUGUGGUGCUCAAUCUUCCCUUAGACUUACUUUUCUCUUAUCUUCUCUAUCGACGUCUUAUCAUCGCCUCAAACAAGUCACUGUAGCGUAGGUAUAACAAGUUGCUUCUACUUGAUGAAGUUUCCAAAGGCUUAGAAGGGCUUUUUUUUUUGAUUCUGUAGAUAAGUUUUUGUGUGGAGAAGCCUGAGGAUUAACUUAUGCUAAAUCCACUGACAUCGAAUAGCCUGAUUAUACUAAGAUUCGAACCCUAUGACCACUCGCUUGCCCCUCGACUCUGUAACCUUGCGGCUACGAAGCUCCUUAAACACAAGUAGGGAUUACUCGUGGAUGACAGCAGCUACAGUCUGGUAUCGGCAGACACGCAUAACUUUCCAUACUGAUUUUGGUCACUUUUGAGUUAUCAUCGGGAAUCAACUGAAUUGUUAUCAUAUUUUCUGGGAAAAAAAAUAAAAUUGAUGCUUUUGUAUGGAAAAACAUGGAAAAAAUACCAAGUUGUUUUUGUCCCAUAUUGAAAGUACCCGCAUUACAGUCCCACUGCAUAGUGGUACAAACUGCAAACAUAUAAUUUUGCUCCAGAUAAGUGUAUAUCGGAUUAUAUUAGGCAUAUAGAAGUAUAUCAUUUAAUUAACUAGACUAAUGUUGUUUUUCUGCAGUACAAUCUACGUUGCCAAUGAUACUGCCGGUUGCUGGUUGAAUUUAUAUGUGUUGGGACUAAGUAUGCGAGUACUUUUGAAAUGUACCCGCAUGUUUUGUCCCAUUUUGUCUUUUUUUCAAGCUAAAUAACGUAAAACCAAUUCCAUCCAUGGUUUUUUGUUCUCAACGAUAAACUUGUGGUGCUAUGAAACUGUUAUGGUCAUUGGUUCUGGAUGUAAUUGCUGGAAAUUCGAAAAUUCACGGAUAAUAUUAAAUCGUCGUUCUCUCAACAUGUUGUUUUUCAUUAUGGGACAGUUAUCCGGGUACCGACAGCAAAAGAGGUUGACAAAACGAUUCCAAUGUCAGCCAAUUGGCUUCGCAUUCCGGCCAAAUUAUUGAUCAAAAUACCAGUACAGUAGUGCAAAUAAAAAAAAAAAACAUCCGUAUGGUGCAAAUAUUCACAUUAAAUUGCAUCACCGAAAAAGCGCUGUAGAAAAUCACCCAGUUGACUGAUCCUUUCCAAACUUUCUGUUAAUAAAAUAUAACUAAUUAGUAAGUUUUUGAUGACUUUUUUAAUUCAAUUUCAAUGCCAUAACCGUACGCUCGCACCUUAAGCUUAUCUCCACUCAUCAUGUUUUGUACAACAUUUUACCUCCUCGGGAUGCAUUCGUAAUACCUACUUCAUAAUAGCCCAGUAUUUUUCGGUAGGCCUUAAUUCCGAUGCGUUGGAGGGGGGGGGAGUCAUGUCCUUGGGUACGAAAGCGAUCCCGUUGGCUUCGUAUCACUCCAGGACAUAAUUUGAAUAGAAGCACGAGGCCAGAAGAUUGUAUAGAGGAAGCAAACGCUUCUGUAGAUACUGCUUGAGGCAGAUCUCCCCAUUUACAGUCCCGGUAGUCACGAACGGCGCACUCCUUUUGCCACCCAAGCAGACCGUUUGCCAAAUCAGGUAUUUCUUAGCAAACUUUGGCGGUUUCUGCUUCUAUACUUCCUCCGGAACAUCAAACCUAUGCUGAGCAGUGAAAAACAGUACCUCGCUGCUGCCGGAAGUUCGUCAUAACGUUAGUCUCAUCAUUCAUGAUGAAACAACGAGACUCCGUCAGCAUCUGGGUAUACAGUUUCCGGACCCGUGACUUUUUCACCAUAUUUUGCCGUUUGUCACGAUUUGGGACCUUAUGCACUUUGUACAUAUGCAGUCCCUCCUGGUCCCUGGCUCUUUGAACGAAAAACUUGGACAGAAAGACUUCAUGUUCCUGAUCAUUAAUAAUCCACGUUGCUUUUCUAGUAACAGCAUUUAUUUUUUUAUCUUUAUCUUUUCGAAAAACUGACAGCGAUAGAAAAACAGUGUAAACAAUGCACCCCAAACUACUUCAAGCCCAAUUCUCAAGACAAAAUACCCAAUAGGAAGUUUUCUACAGCGUUUUUCUCGUGAUGCAAUUUGAUAUGAGACACCCUUUAUGUUUGCCACCCGGUUUAAAGGAAUUUAAGAAUUGGAAAUUCUAUAUGACUCAUAUCCAAAUCAAUUUGUCAUGCCAUAGGUACCAACAAACCCUGCUACUUUUAUUUUUUUAAACUUUUUAAAAGUUCUCGUUAAAUACACCUAAAUACUGUGACAAAUUCAUGUUUUAUAAUAAACUGAGGUUGGCACUCACACUAAAGAAUAUUACGCACUAUAACUACUCAACAGAGCUUGCUGCAAUGUUUCUACAUUGCCUCUCCUGAGCAUUUAUCAAAUGAAAAAAGCAUCUAGGUAGAAAAGUAGAUUGCGUUUUUGCGUCGGUCUUCCUGUCUGUCUGAUCCAUUUAGACUUGGAAAGUACUGGACCGAUCUACGUGAAAAAAUUUGUGUGAGAGUUUUUAGGGGAAAGGUUCUCAUGAUGGUUUGAGACCCCUCCCUCCUUUGGAAGCAAAGGCUCCCAUGAAAAUGAAACACAAAUUUCUGCAUAACUCGAGAACAAGUCAAGCAAAUUUUGGAGCAAGAAACAUUUCUGUGAUAGUUCGGUACCCCUCCCUUUUCGGGAAGAGAUUCUUCCACACAAAUCAAACACAAAUUUCUUCAUAACUCGGGAACUGAUCAACCAAAUGGAACCCAAAUGUGACAUAUGGAAGUCUUUGGAGGCGAGAAAUGUUUCUGUCAUGGUUUGACACCCCUCCAUACUUUGUAAGAGGGGUGAUGAUGACUUCCUGUUACUGGAAAACAGCCAAAAGUGACCGAAUACCACAAUAUAGCUACUUCUGGAACCAGACUGACGCUCAGAGGCCAGAAAUUGACUCCACAUGCCGUUUUGAAAUUCAAGAUGGCGACUUUCGGACUCUGAAAUACAGCCGAAAAUGACCGAAUACUAUUCAAUAUGUGUAUUUUCGUAAUCUUGAUAAUGCAUAGAAGCCAAGAAUCAACCUCAGUCAGAUACCGGUCUCUGGCAAACAAACUCAAAUGACCGAUCACCACCCAAUAUGGGUGAUUUCGAAACCAGAUUGAUGCACAGAUGCAUGUCGACCACAGACCCCAUUAUUAAUUCUAAGUUGGCGAUUACCGAUGUUUGGAAAAUAACUGAAAACGACCAAAUACCAUCCAAAAUGCAUAUUUCCGGUAUCAGAAUAGUUUUCAGAGGCCAGAAAUUGACUCAUCCAAUAUCUGAUUCGUCUUGCAUUUUGAUUUAAUUUAUACUUUUGAAAUGAAUGAUGAAUUUCAUCGCAUUUCAAUUUUUAGGCAUUUGUUGUUAUGCAGGACUCAAAUUCAAAUCGAACUCAAAUGUUUAUAUGCAACUGAGAAUAGAUGUACAAGCAAGUCACUUGGAUGCGAGUGUAGGCAGUGUGACGCCUACUCUGCUCAUACUCUCCGCAUCACAAUCUUUUACGGGAAAUCUCAUGUUGUCUCUGUUGUGUUAUCUCAGCAGUGCGCUCCGCGAUGUACUUCUGUGCUUUCUCACUAGAGUGAUUCACCACAUUUGUUUCGCUCAGUUGGAGUGUUAGCAGCAAGCCAGCGACAAAAGCACAGCACGAAGCAGAGGAAAAAAGUGUGAUGCAAAAAAAUCAUUCACGCAGCGCUCAUGCUGAAGAAGAAGUGAUUUAUUUAUUUAUUUAUUUAUUUAUUGAUUUAAAUUUCAUCUGACAUCGUGGUCUUAAUGAAUGGUUUUAAAACUAGUCUAAAGUUAAAAAUACAGUUCGCAAGCGUUGUCUAAAACUGACACAAGAAACAUUAAAGUCAAAAACGUGAUAGCCUUCUUGAAAACAUCUCCGUAUUGUGUUGACUGGAUCGUUAUCACCGUAUACGGUGUUCCUCGGUUCUGGCAAAAUAAGUUGCCGUGGACGCAGUACACGUGCGGGAGCAUAAAUUCUCAUGCGCUCCAGCAAGCAGGCACUAUCGAUUUCUCCGCGCAGUAUUUUAGCGCCAAACACAGCUUGGUUUAUACUUCGACGGGACUCCAGUGGCUCUAUACCCAAUAGGGCACAUCGAUGUUCGUAAGGGGGCAGGUCGUUGGGAUUGCGCCAUGGAAGUCUUCUUAGCGCACGACGGACAAAUUUAUGCUGAACAGAUUCGAUUCUGGAUUUCCACACAGCUUCAUAAGGUGACCAAACGACCGAUGCGAACUCGAGUAUCGAACGAACUAGGGAACAAUAGAGGGCACGUAAGCAGAUGGGGUCAAUAAAGUCGCUUGCCAUUUUCAGAACAAAACCUAGUUGACGAUUGGCUUUUUGGAUUAUCGCGGAAUAAUGCAGCUUGAAUGUGAGUUGGUAGUCAAGCAAUACUCCAAGAUCCCUGACUUCGUCAACCCGUCCGAGUAUCUGAUCACCGAUGACAUAGUUGUAUAGGAUAGGUCCUUUAAGUCGUCGAUAUGAAAUCACGUAACACUUUGCCACACUCACUACCAGGAAGUUUGACUUGCACCAAUGAACGAAUUUGUCCAGUAGCUUCUGGAGUUCUCUGCAAUCAGCUUCAUUUCGUAUGAUCAGGUAGAUUUUAUGAUGAUGAACAACGAAAAUCGUGCAAACAAGACUUUCGAAUUGGGGCAUCCUUACAAGUUGGUUUUCGAAACGAUUCUCGAACCUCUGCUUAUGAUAUAUCCGAGGAAUGAUAUUUACUGCAAAUAUAAAUCAUCAGAAAAAUACUAUUUUCACAUAACGGAUCAAACGUUUUUGGUCUAAGGAAUAUAGUCCAUUGAAAAAACUUUAAUUUCAACAGGUGUCAGGCUCACUGAUUUGACUAAUUUGACUACAACUAGUUAGCAGUAAUGUUCAAACUUUAUAACCGAAAAAAAGCUCUGGCUCAAGAAAUAGAAGUAAUGAUACAUUAUAGGUUACACCUAAGACAAGACGCGGCAACUGGCUUCUUAUUUUUCUUUUCGUAACGGCCGUCAUCCCCGUCGAAAUUUUUUUGAACGUUUCAUACCGUUGAUGCCAGAAUGAUUAUUUUUAACAACUUCUGCAGGUCAAUGAAAAUAAAACAAAUUGAAAUUGCAAUAUAUAGGCGAAUAAUACUCAAUUUUUAUUUAUUAUUUUAUGUUCAAUAAAGCAUACUUCUACUAUCAAAUUUUUUCUUCCUUAGUUUCAUGGACUUCAACCGAAAUAGUAAAAAACGAUUAAUCACUGCAUUUUUAAAAUUAUAACAGUUAAAUACAUUACUCGGUAAUAUCAUGUACCUUGCAUACUUUUGCACCAUUAUUUAUGAACAAUUAUAAUAGCUAAAUUAUGACUCUCCAGCAUCACUGCUUUACAGUGAAAAGUAACCUCGUUGUAUUUUCUACGUGACGAUUGCGUUAUCGGAUUCAGCCAAUCAGCAGCCGGUUCAAAUUGAUUGCAUGUAACGGUGACCAGCUCUCGCGUCUUGUCUUAGGGUUACACUUCAAUCUUUCUCAAAACUCAUCUUCCUUCUGGCUUCACCACUGAUUUCUAUAACAUCAUAUCUUUCAUCUGUCCAAAUUAGCAGUUUCCAACCUUUUUGGCUUCUAGGCCACCUUUGCUAAGUACAAGGAGCUUCACGGCUCAUAGACCAUCGCACGGUGACGUCACGCACCUGAGUUUGACAGCUACUGGUAACUUUGUUUACCUCCGCGUGAUGCAGUUUGGUUCUCAAUUAUAACAGAUCUUUUCAAUUGUGAUCGGAAUGCCCUUUAAAUGUUGUGCGUGAGGUGCCAGUACACUAAGAACAAUUAUCCACUACGCGCACGAUUGCUCCAUCAGAAAAAAGUACAAAGUCUAAAACGUAAAGGGAGUUACCAGUAACUGUCAGAAAAGUGAGGUUAAAGACAUUCGGUGAGAUAGUCUAUUCAAAAUUGUCAGAUACAUGUUUUGUGAUACAAGGCUGUAUUUGUCAGUCACAUAUCGUCCCGCACUUCUUAUUUGUAGAAGGAUUAAAAAUCUGCUCUCACAGAGGUAUAAACAGAGAAAUUCUGAUCAAAGUUACCAAGCAUUUACAUUUCGCAUACUCAUAUUUGAAGUGGAAGAAACUGUUAUCACGUCAAGCUACGAAACUUGAAGAAUGCAAUAAUUUGAAACAGAGCGGAACCCUAACGAUCUGAUUAUGACCCAUUUAAGGAAACGGGGGUAUUUUGGCCCACCUACAUAUUUUGGCCCACCCAUAAACAUUUUUAAUUGAUAAAUCCAAUAAACAUUAGAAAACAAUGUAUUUAUCAUUGAAAUAAGACCCCUAAGAAGCAUACUAAACUAUAGUUUUCGGCAAUGUACUGACUCUAGGCAGUACCUAUUAUUUCUGAUUUAAUUCACGAAUCAAAAUCAUGCCUGAGUCAACCCGAAUUCAAGAGCUAUUCUGAGAGCUAUUGUAACAAAUACAUAUGUAUGCUUUUGAAACAAUUCAUGGUUGUAGUAACAUCAAUAAAAUAUCAUAGAAACAGUUUGUAUACUCUACAAGUCUCUGGCUAAAACCACAUUUUGGCGAUGUCAAGCUUUGACAGCUCUUUGUUUACCAUUCGGCCGUUGCGCGCUGAACGGAUAAGCAGCUUGUAGCAAUAUAAGGCCGAUCUUUUAGUUUCCAGAUAACUAGAAUUUCGAAAACCAUGCUUCCAGGUCGAUUAUUAUUGUCAAACUGUAUGUAGUUAGACCUUCUCAAAACACACCGAGGUCAUGUAUGGUUCUAGAAAGAAACUGAAACAUUGUAGAGUUCAAUACAACACAGUUGUAUUGAUUUCCCAUACGAUAGCACUUAUGUGAAAGGCAGUCCGUCACCACCUCACUCCUGAUAACUCAAAACCGUCAUGCAUUUUAAUUUUUAAUUUUUAUGUUGACCCCAUAAAAAAAUUUCACUCAUUUAUUAUUCAGCGCUUGUCAACCGCUCUGUCGCACAGUGUAUCAUUUUCAUCAUUCAAACUCACAAGCCUUCUCCUACCUUAACCUAUUGCUACAAUCAAAGAAAAACGAAAGGAACAAAACGAAAGAUCAAUUAAAAUUUCUACUAGGCAAUCUUAGGACUCUAACUCUAAUAGACUGUGUUUUCUAAUAAAUAACCAAAAUCAACCGAAACACGAAUUGAAAUUCAUAUUGAAUUAAUAUUUUCCCAUUCUAGAGCAAUAACAAAAAACAAGUAGUUUGUACUACGUAGCCUUGUAGUACAUAUAUUUCGGCUUGAAAAACAACUGUGAACCUAGGGAUAUGAGCAAUUUCAAAGAAAAAGUCAUUGAGGGACACUCUUUAAAAGUUUCAUACGCUAAUUCCAGCUCACCUGUGUGUUAGACUGAGCCCGAUAAUCCACAACAACAUUCAGAUUUAACUAUGAAACUGUAUAAUUUACCAAUCUCUACAACUCUAUAACUAGCAUUUUGGGUUAGAAUGGCGUGAUACUAAUACAAGUAUAGAGUUGGAGUUAGCGGAAAAAAAAUAACCGUAAUUUGGGCACACAAACACACUAUCGUAUUGGAUGAUUUGAAUUCAACUGCAAUUGCCUUCGAAGCGAAUGGUAUGACCAAAACAUAAUUACUAGUCACAAAAGCAGCCACAAAAAAACAGGUAUCAGAAGACGAUGGUAAACCGAGGAUAAUCAGUGAAGUCAAUUUUUUAUCGAUACUAAUAACUAGCGAGUAAUGUAAGAACCAAUCAAUUUCGACCAUUCAACUGACUUUUACCGUUUUAGCAGGGUAGAAAAUUUUACCUACAGAAAAAAAAAAACAAACGUAAACUGGCUAGCAGAAGAAAAGCGAAAAAUAAAUCAGCAAGGAAUUAAGCAUAAAAACCUACCAAGCAGAAUCUUUUAGCAAAUAGAGGAGAAUAACCGAACCAACCAGUCAGAGAAACAGGAAACAAUCACAUAGAUCGUAGUGCUGUACGGUGAAUGCGAUUAGCAGAUAUCGAAACAAAAUUCUUGCUCUUCUUCCACUUCUUCUACUUCUUUUAAGUGUAACUCUGUAGCCAUUCUUCUAACUGCAAGUUCAGAUAUUGUAGCGACCAAUAUAAGCCAAAACUUUUGAAUGUGCUUCUUUAGGGUUUAUCGAAAUGAUGAUACCGAAUCGAAUGGAAUCGAUUAGUGUUAACAUAAAAAAAAUUAGCUCAUAUACAGAACAAAAGCAAAUCUGUCGUUUCACAUGUUUUCAGCUGAAAAAAACCAUCAGUAGCUUCAAAUAGAGCGUAAAAAUAUCAGCAAAAAAUGAUACGAAUAACAUAUGCGCGGUCGACGGGGAAAUUUUACCACGAACUACUGUUAGUGAUUGUUAUAAUGGAAACGAAAUAGCAGAACAUUUGAUGGAUGUUACUGGACUUUUAACAGUAAACUUUCAAGCUGGACUUGAUGAAUUGCUGCUCAAAGUGCAAUUCCAGGGACAAAACUAUAUCUUCAUACCAAUAUAUCCCUCAACUCGUUUUUUUUACGUUAACUCCUUCCUUCAAUACAUGCUCCAUUCGGAGCUUUUCAAAUAGUUAGAAUUAGUUGCCAAGUUAUGAUUUUCCACAAGUGAAACUUCCAUAACAGUAGACAGUCAAAAUUGGGUUGAAAUUUUAAUUUGAAUCAUGUGUAUUAGCGAUUUAAAUUGUAACAACAUCAACGCAAAGCCUUAGCACUACAUUCCGCUUUCGAAACUUAGCCUUACUUGUUAUAACAGACUUCGUACAGCUGGAUCUUAAUGUGCAGAACAAUUGCAUUGUUAGUGAUACGACACCAAGAAUCCCACCCAGCCUAAAUUCGCUUGGUUUGGCGACAUGUACUUUAGGCCAAGUUCAGUUUUUGCGUAUUGAUUCGAAUCAACGAUAGUCACAAGCGAGAAAAAUACUGUUUUCUAAUUUAUCUGAUAUGAUUGUUAAAUUAAACAAUAAAAGGCAGUAAGUCAUUACAUGACAAUCGAAUGUAUCGAAAUAAUCCACCAGCAGACCUAACUUGAUGAUUUAGGUGACCACGAAACCCUAUUAAACUAUCUUCGUUCAUGCCUAUUUUCCAGUUAUUCUUCUUGCAUUUUGGCAGUUCUUUUCAAUAAGUCAAACUAUAUAAUUGCGCCUUAAAUUAGAAUUAGAUCGAUCGAACUACGUGCUUUUUAAGUAAACAUUGAAUCACAAUUGAGCUUACUAUCCGUCAACUUUGAGAAAAAAAAAAUGAAAACAAAAUCUGCAUCGUCGAGGUUAGUAUGCAAGAAGCCAACAAAAAAACAUAUGAAUCGUAUCCAUAAAUAAAAUCAAUGCCGAUCAAUGUUGGUUGUUUUAAAACAAAAUCAACUAUUGAUUUCCACAUCCUGCGCUUCAUAUUGCCAAAUAAUUGAACCAAAAAUAAAUUACAUCUAAUGCCUAAGUUUCGGGCAAACCAGUCAAAGCAUAUUCAACUCAAAAGUGGAAAAGCAAGUUAUCUAGUUGCAUGUGGCUAAUAAACCAAACAAACAGUGUGUUAAUAGUAGUUAUUACGUAAAUUAAAGUUAUAACAAAAAAAAAAAAACAGAUGAAAAAAUAGAAAAAUAUAAUUCACCGAGUUGCUCUAACGGUCCCCCGAGCGUCGUUUCUAGUACGCAAUUGAAAGCCGCCAGGGCAAACUCGGUAAUCUCGUUUCACGCGCGCAAAUAUGUAAAUGCGAUGAUAUGAAGAAGUUGUUUAAUUACUUGAUAGAGUUGUAAAAAUUGUAUAAAAUAAAGAGAAAUAAAAGAGUAAGUAGUAUAUAACAAAAUUAAACAAUUAUAGAGAAGUUUAAAUGAUUAAGCAAAUGUGUUAUAUUGAAAUGUGAAGAAUAAAACCAAAUCAGAUGAUAAUAAGUAACUAUA